GUUGAUUCGUUGCCCUGAAACCUGGUGAUAAGCAAUGACGGCGCCGACGAAGAUUAAGGAGCGAGGCCAGAAGACACAUCCGACGGAUGUGCUGGAAAAGGACGAGGUCGAAUUGCGGCUGGAGAAGGCGCUGUUCGGGGACGACGCAGGCUUUCUCGAAUCUUUAACAAGAGAACAACCUCACGAAGCCGGGCCAUUAAGUCGACGAGAAAACAUCGAUGUUGAGGAACUGGGCGCCGAAGACGACCAAGAAGGCUUGGACGAUGUUGCAGAUGAAGAUUUGUUCUUCCUCGACGCUGGCACAGGACAACUCCCUGCUGCAGUCUCGAAAGACCUUGAACGCACAGAGCCCCUCCGCACUUCUUUACGUGGACAGCCGACAUGGUACGACAGCGACGACGACCGUAUCACCGUCUCCCUUGCAACCAACACUCGACUACGUAAACUCCGCGAUACAGAAGAUGACGACCUGGUCAGUGGGAGAGAGUACAUACAACGACUUCGUAGACAAUACGAACGUCUUCACCCAACGCCUGACUGGGUGACUUAUGCCAGGAAGAAGAGGCGGCUCUCUACCCAAGAAGACGACCGAGACCAAGACACGGAUUCUGACGUCUCAAUGGAUGACGGCGAUUCCCUCCCUUCAGCACAACCACUUGCCGAACUCCUGCGAUCUGCAGGCUCUUUAACCCGGGCGGACUCGAAGACGCAAGAUCGUAAAGCUCCCCGAAGACUACGACCCGAAGUCAUCGACGUACAACGAACAAAAGACGUUGCUAGCUCUGGCCCCUCUUCCGUCGAUACGCUGCAGUUUCAUUCAUAUUAUCCUCUUCUUCUAGCCGCCGGACCCAGUUCGACCGCCACGAUAUACCAUGUCUCACCCCAACCUCCCAAUCCCAAUCCCAUAUUAACGUCGCUACACCUCAAGGGCACUCCUUUGCAUACGGCUUCGUUUUGCAGCCCUUCCGGGAAGGCGAUCGACAACAGAAACAAUCUCGACCAGACACGAAUCUUCAUGUCGUCGCGACGACGCUACUUCCACUCCUGGUCCCUCUCCACCGGGGUAGUCACAAAAGUGACCCGCGCACUGUACGGGCAGACCCGAAAAGAACAGCGAACCAUGGAAUCGUUCAAGAUCUCUCCGUGUGGGCGAUACCUGGGUCUGGUCGGCUCAUCCAGAAAAGGCGGUGGGAGUAUCAGCGUGCUAUCGACAGAGAGUAUGCAGUGGCUCUGCAGCUGCCGUAUCGACUCCAGGGGCGGCGUUGCGGACUUCGCAUGGUGGCGCAAUGGCAACGGCUUCGCUGUGGUGGGAAAGAACGGCGAGGUCAGCGAGUAUGACAUCGAGUCUCGGCGCGUGGUUGCACGAUGGAUCGACGAGGGCGCCGUGGGCACGACGGUCAUUGCGCUGGGUGGCGAUGUCGGGCAAGGGAGUCCCGGUGGGAGUCGCUGGGUCGCAAUUGGUUCGUCGAGCGGUGUGGUGAAUCUCUACGAUCGACGAGGCUGGACUGCUAAAGUGAGCGACGAGGCGAUGGUGGAUGAACGGCCGAAGCCGGCUCGCGUGCUCGAUCAACUCGUCACGCCGAUCUCGCAUCUCGAGUUCUCGGACGAUGGGCAGAUGCUGGUCAUGUCGUCAAAGUGGAAGAAAGGUGCUCUCAGACUGGUCCAUCUACCUAGUUGUACGGUGUACAAGAACUGGCCGACGGACAAGACGCCGUUGGGGCGGGUCAGUGCUGUGGCGCUGUCGGCGGACGGAAGUUACCUCGCUGUUGGCAACGACCAGGGCAAGAUCAAGCUUUGGGAGAUAGGGGAGUAAGGAUGUGCAGAAAAGCAUUUCAUGUCAUUGGCCGAUCAGCCGCG